AUGGCGGUGCCUCGGAUUCUCUCUCUCCUCCUCCUCCUAUGCCUUCAUCUCUUCGCCCUCUCGGCCUCCGCCGACAGCGGCAGCGCCCACGGUGAAUUAACGAAGUACGGCUUCCCGAUCGGCCUUCUCCCCGCUAACGUCGAGUCGUACACCCUCAAUCGCACCUCCGGCCUGUUCUCCGUCACGCUGGGAGAUGCGUGCAAGGUGACUCUGCCUCCCGACAACUACCUGGCGACCUAUUCCCAUAGGAUCACGGGCAAGAUAGUCGAGAAUCGGAUUGCCGAGCUCGACGGCAUCACCGUUAGGGCGUUCUUCAGGUGGUGGGGCAUCACCGGCAUCCGGUCCAGCGGGAAGGAUUUGGUGUUCGAGGUCGGCGUCGUCACUGCUAAGUAUCCGUCCAAGAAUUUCGAUGUGGCCCCACUUUGCGAAGGCGGUCGGGCUUCUUCGUAG